GCCAUGAAGGUGGCGGUGGCCGGCUGCUGCCAUGGCGCCCUGGACAAGAUGUACGAGACGCUGGAACUGCUGCAGCGGCGGCACAACGUGCGGCCCGACUUGCUGCUCUGCUGCGGCGACUUCCAGGCCGUGCGCAACGAGGCGGACCUGCGCUGCAUGGCCGUGCCCGCCAAAUACCGCCACAUGCAGACCUUCCACCGGUACUACUCCGGCGAGAGGAAGGCCCCGGUGCUCACCAUCUUCAUCGGCGGCAACCACGAGGCGUCCAACCACCUGCAGGAGCUUCCGUACGGCGGGUGGGUGGCGCCCAACAUCUACUACCUCGGUUACGCGGGCGUGGUGCGGUUCCGCGGCGUGAGGAUCGGCGGCAUCUCGGGCAUCUUCAAGUCUCACGACUACCGGAAAGGCCACUUUGAAUGUCCACCAUACAACCAGCAAACAAUAAGAAGUGCUUACCAUGUAAGGAACAUUGAAGUCUUCAAACUCAAGCAGCUAAAGCGUCCAAUGGAUAUAUUUAUGUCGCAUGAUUGGCCAAGAAGCAUAUAUCACUAUGGGAACAAGAAACAGCUUCUUAAAAUGAAAUCCUUCUUCCGUCAAGAAGUGGAGAGCAACACACUAGGAAGCCCUGCUGCUUCAGAGCUUCUGCAGUAUCUGAAACCCUCUUACUGGUUUUCAGCACAUCUUCAUGUUAAAUUUGCAGCUUUCAUGCAACACCAGACAGCCUCCAAAGAAGAGCUACCAAAAGCAACAAAGUUUCUGGCUCUGGAUAAGUGUCUGCCUCACAGAGACUUUCUGCAGAUAAUAGACAUAGAACAUGAUACUAAUGCAAGUGAGUCCCUGGAAUAUGAUGCUGAGUGGAUUGCAGUCCUCAAGGCUACCAACAGUCUUGUUAACGUGACUCAGAGUUCAUGGAAUAUGCCUGAAAAUAAUGGCCUCCAUGCAAAGUGGGAUUACAGUGUUACAGAAGAAGCCAUCAAAGAAGUGUUAGAAGAGCUGAAUCAUAACCUCAAAAUUCCCUGUAACUUCACAUUGACAGCUGCUUGUUAUGAUCCCAGCAAGCCCCAAAAACACAUAGAACCAGUUCAUACCAUCAAUCCACAGACCACUGAAUUUUGUGCCCUGUUUGGCCUCACUGACAUCAAUGACAAGAUCCAGCAAGCUAAAGAAGAGGACUCAGUACGUGGAGAAUAUGAAGAGGAGGAGGAGGAAGAGGAGAUGGACAGUGCUGGGUCAGCAGAGGAACCCAGUGAAUAUAAUACAGAUAAUUCUGGGCUUUCAUCCAUUAACCCAGAUGAAAUAAUGCUGGAUGAAGAAGGUGGUGAUGAGGACUUGAGUACAUGUUCUGUAGAUCCUUCCCCUGAUCAUCCUCCUGACUUCUCUGCAAGUUUUUCUGACAUCAGAAUCAUGCCAGAUUCCAUGGUGGUAUCAUCGGAUGAUGCUAUGGACUCCAAUAAUGAGGAACUGGAGAAAUCUGGGGCGAGUAAGCAGACUGAAGAGAAGAGCUUGAAUGAAAGAUCUUUAAAGCGCAUUGGUUGUAAUGAAAAUGGGAACAGUGGCAUGAAAAAAAUUAAGAGAAGGAAUCAAGCUAUCUAUGCUGCAGAGGAUGAAGAUAAAACAGAAUAAUUCAUAUGAUGAAUAACUUAAGUUCUCUCCCUACCUUUUUAUAGGAAGGUGGUGAGAGCUGUAGUGAACUUCUUAUGAUUUUAAGAGUAUUUUAUCUUAAUCACAUUACUUUAAGCUGCAAUGAGCUGUAUGUACCUCUCACAAGGAGGAAUACCUAGCUGGAUGAAACAUCUAAGCCAGAAGCAAACUUUUCCAACAAAGUACCUUGUCAAAGGGUUUAAAGCUUGUGUAUAAUCAGUUGAUUUUGCUUCUGUUCUUGGUUAUUGGUGUACACUGCUACUUCUGCUAUCCAAUAUUUAUCAUGCUGCUUUAACAAGAGGAAAACUUUUAAACUGUAAGUCAAGUUGAAAGUGAGAGGAUGUCUAACUUACGAGACUGAAUAGUCUGAUUUUAUUGCCUUUGUUUUUGUUUUACACCAAAAUUUUAAUACAAAGUUAGCGUAAGCAAUGACUCUGAACUAAAUUUAGAGGUAGAGUUAUUGGGAUGAUAAAAUGGCAGUAGAAGAAGAGUGAAGAUUUUUUUUUUGUCUCUGGAGCUGGUGAUAUUCCAUAUGCCAUAGAAAUACUUACUAAUCAUAAAUGACAGUGUAUAUCCAAUAUUGGCUUUUAAUUAUAGUUCUGAUAGAAAGCCCAAUCUCUUAAUUUCAAGCAUGACAGUUUUAUUAGGAACAUGGAAGAGAGCAUUUCUUAAACUCACUUGUGUGCUGUUUCUCAAAACUUCAGAAACAUCUCUCGGAACUAAAAUGUAACUAGUUAAGAUGAACAGCUUCUUACAUGAGAACACCAUCGUUGUCUCAGUCCUUACUAAGUAGGGCAAUGUUCCAUCUUCAUAUGAAAGGACUGACGUUUAUAAAUUGCUCGAGACGGCAAUGGAUACCAUUAGCCUGGGGUUUGACCUAAUGCUGCUUUUCUCUAGUGUGUAAUUUGCCUAAUUCUUUUAAUUUGGUCUGGAGUCUUCCAAAGCAUCUUCAUAAACUUCAGCUGAAGUUUAACAGGAGCUGCCAGGAAACUGGUCUUCUCUGAAGCAGGAUUUUUUUUUUUAACUAUUUUUGCCCCAAAAUACUAGCAAGCAAAUUGCACUCCUUUGGGCCUAAAAGGCUGUUAAGAUGAUAAAACUUACUGAAUCAUGAAAAUGCCAAGGUUUUCAGGAACUAUAGCAAAUAAGUCAUAAUACUUACUAGCCUUACAGCCAAGUUCAGCAUGCAGUUUGUACUGUGCUUUCUAGGAGUCUGGACAGAGCAGGACUUCCUCAUGACUGUGUUGCCAGGUAUGCUUUUGAGACCAGAAGUACCUCCCAUGUUCUUCCACUCCUCUAAAGCCUAGGCACUGUGGAGAAGAAAGCAUCUUUAUUGGCACACGGAUUUGGACAAGGAGCUAAGUGUCGUGGGUUGGUGAGACUGAGCUAUAGCAGGGAAAAUAUUAGAACAUUUCUGGGUCAAAAUGAGUUUCAGAUUGUGGUAUUCAUCUUGCCUCUGUUUCUCUCUGGUCAGCACUUUACUAUGAAACCUAAAUGCAUGUGAGUAUUCAAAAGCUAGGAAAUGCCAAAAUUAAAGUUCUCCACAGUCUUGAUCACCAGCUUUAGCUGUGUGAGUUGAUGCUAUUAGCAUCCUUUUUUUUUCUUUCUUUCCCUAGAAAAUCCUGUAUUGUGUAUUAAAUGAUUACCUGGGCAUUGCUAAUACUCCUCGUGUAUCUCUUUAUACCUGCUCAUCUGUCAGAACGCUCACUGAAGAGUUGUAAGAAGUGAUGUAAAAAAAAUGGAAGUUUAGUAUAACCCUCAGUUUAUUUAAAAUAGCUAUGAACUGUCAGCUGGAUUACUGAAGAUAGCUGACCUUUAUAAGUCCUGGAUCUGUUGCUAAGAUCUUAAUUAUGCCUAUGUUUCAGCUGAUCUGAAGACUAUAAAGGAAGUACUUUUUCUUUUCAGCUGAUCUGAAGACUAUAAAGGAAGUACUUUUUCUUUGCACCCUCAGAAAGAUGAAAUUUUAAGUGUAAAUUCUGAACGGUAUGAAUCUGGAAGAUGUUGCUUAUAUUUGAUAGAUUUUAGUUUGAUUCUGUAUGAUUUUAAAGUAAAUGUCUUUGAUAAAUGUACUUUGGCUUUCUAGAAAGCAGAAGGCUUUGCUGAGGUAGAAUACUGAUUUUUAAAUCUUUAAGGAUUUUUUUCCCCUUUCUUUUAAUGAAGUAUUUCAGCACCCACUGAGCAGGGUGCAGAUGGUCAACAUACUUACCACAAAAAAUAGUUUGAGUACAACCCCUGUCUAAUCUGCAUAGAGUUACUGUGCUCUUUCUUCCAGUUACUUGCAUCCUCUUUGCAAUUUAAAGCAUCCGUCUCUACUGUGCUCUCAUCCAUUAUGGAUUUUCCCUGUCAGCAGCAUUCUCUGCUGCAAGUAGAAUUCAGUUGUGGUGCUGAACUUGAAGCUUCUCCAAUAAAGAUAACUAAAUAUUUCAAGAAGUGUGUAAAAGAGUAGGAAAGGCUGAUAAAGUUUUAUCGGCUUUAAGAUCCAGAUCCCUUAGCCCUCUUUAAAACUUCUUUUUUAAAGUCUUUAAGAUUAUCUGAUUUCUUUAAUUUUAGUGAGAAAUACCUAGAAAAGGUUUGUCAGACUGUGGUACAGUUUAUAAACACGUUGUUCAGUAUAGGAGACUGCAUUUGCUUUGAGAACUUUUUCAGUGUUAUCUGUAAAGUGCUUGAGAAAAGUAUUCCCUUGUUUCAUUCCAGGCUAACACAGGUAUUUUGGUCAAAGCAUGUUGUAUUAAUCUACUCAAAGAACAAACUUUAAAAAAAGGGAUAUAACUUUUUUUUUCUUGGAGUAUUUUUCAAAUUAAAGCAACUAUCAGCUGCUAUUAAAGUUAACUUGUGAAAGCA